AUGCAGUCUCGCUACGACCCCCGCGAAGACGCCAUUGGCCCUUUCGACGUGGAUCCCAACCAAAAAUCCCAAAGCAAAGCCAAGGGUAGAGAACCUCCUCUUUUCCCUAUGACGCCUGAGCAAUUCCAAGAAAUCCGUGCUAACUUUGGGGCCAAGUUUAAGGAAUGGAGCAGUGGCUCUUCCGGAAAGACCACCGCGGACAUGGCCGAGAUCCUCGAGUACAUGGUGGAUGAUUUUGAUCACUUCAAGACCGCCGCUGAUCCUAUAUCGACUGCCCGCUGCUUCCCUAGAAAAUGCGAACUUAUCAAGCACGAAGUCCUGCGAUUGAUUCAAAGGCUCAAGAGCAUCCCGAAGUUGGACCUGGAGACCGAGGAGAUUAUGGCCUACAUUCGCAGCGCUAUCCUCAGACUCACAAUCGAAGGCAAGUCAGACCUCGUUGCAAUAACUGAAACUGAAAGGUUUGAGAGAAUUCAUCAGCACAGUGUCUGGGAUAUGCCCGAGCUGGGAUGGGGUAAGGAAGCCGAAGGACUGCGCACGAGGCUGUGGACGGUCUAUACCAACGUCAAUUUUUCGAGAGCUGACUGUUGCUUCCAAUGCAAGCCGUACUGGUUUAGUGAAAAGGCUCCUGAAAUUCGUCGUGGUACAAUCUAG